AUGCGAAUUCUCGUCGCAAAAUACUGCUUUGGGGGGGCCCGAUGCUGCUCUUUUUUUUUCUGCCAUUCCUGCGCGCUAUUACUACCAAAGAUUUAUUGUUUUCCUACCAGGCAGUGUCCAAAGUGUCAAGCAACAAGACACGCUCCCCGAACCAGAAAUCAACUUGCUCUAGAGUCGCCGAUUCGCAUUGACUGGUUUUUACCACUAACAUCCGCCACGCGCAAUUCACAUAUUUCGACUCGUUCCAACAUGAGCGCCGCCGAGGAAACCAAGCCCAUCGAGGCUGUCGCUGCCGAGGCGCCCGCCCAGGUUGAAGAGCCUACGAAGGUUGAGGAGCCUGCGAAGGUCGAGGAGACCGAGGCUAAGUCUGCCGAGUCCGAGAAGAAGGACGCCAAUAUUAUCAAGACGACUGCUCAGAUCGACAACAAGCAGCACGCCAACAACGUGAAGUUCGACGCUUCGCUACUCAAGGAGACUGACGACCCUGUUGAGAUCCGGAAGCAGGUCGAGUUUUACCUUUCCGACAGCAACCUGCCGCACGAUAAGUACCUGUGGGAGCUUACUGGCGGCUUCGAGAACAAGCCCAUCCCUCUCAAGACCAUUACCAACUUCAAGCGCAUGCGCCGCUUCCAGCCCUAUUCCGCCGUUGUCGCUGCUCUGAAGGAGAGCACCCAGGUCAACAUUGCCGGCGAGGAGGGCGAGGAGACCAUCCAGCGCAAGCAGCCCUACACCCCUGGCAGCGACAAGUACAACGCCCGCUGCGUCUACGUUAAGGGCUUUGGCGACGAGGAGCCCUCUACCCAGUUUGACCUCGAGGCCUUCUUCACCCAGUUCGGCCCCAUCAAUGCCGUCCGCCUUCGCCGCACCAACGAGAAGCUCUUCAAGGGCUCCGUCUUCGUCGAGUUCCCCGAUGAGGAGGCCGCACAGAAGUUUGUCGCCCUCGACCCCAAGCCCAAGUGGAAGGAGCACGACCUGAAGAUCAUGCCCAAGAUCGACUACGUCCGUGAGAAGAGCGCCCUGAUCAACGCCGGCAAGCUCGAGCCCAACUCGUCUCGCCGAUUCUUCGAGGGCAAGGAGGGCAGCGACCGUGGUGGACGCGGUCGUGGCCGCGGUGGCCGUGGCGGCAACUUUGGCAAGGACGACUGGAAGCAGCGCCGUGACAACGACCAGAAGAACGGCUUCAGGGGUGGCCGCGGUGGACGCGGUGGUCGCGGCCGUGGCCGUGGCGGUGACCGUGGCCGUGGUGGCGACCGUGACCGCCGGGGCGGACGCGACAACCAGGAGAACCGCAAGGACCCCAGCGAGGUCACGAGCGACCGCAACGCUGGCAAGCCUACCAUCCAGGCCACGAACGGCAAGGGCGAGACUGUCGCGGAAGAUAAGAACAACAACGGCAAGCGCUCCCGCGAGGACGAUGGCGCCGCCCAGCCCGAGGCGAAGAAGGUUGAUACCAAGACUGAUGUCGCCGCAUAG